GACAUUUGACAGAUGUCAAAUUAAAGGAUAGAAAUGGCUGUUUUCGCUGCUGCUCAGCUUUUAGACGAAUUAAUGGGGCGCAAUCGAAAUGUGGCCCCCAACGAGAAAGUGAAAGAGUUAAAUUGGGAGGACCCCGAGUAUUGCAAAUACUACCUAGUGAAAUUUUGUCCCCACGAUUUAUUUGUAAAUACCCGAGCCGAUUUGGGUUCUUGCGCAAAAGUCCACGACGAGGAAGCUCGAAAAAUGUUUAAUCAAGCGAAAACCCACCGAAAAAUCCAUUACCAAGAAGAAUUCAUCCGAUUUUGUACAUCAAUGUUAAACGAAGUGGAGCGAAAAAUUCAAAAAGGGAAACAAAGACUAGCACUGAGCGGGAAAGGAGAAUUAAAUAACUUAAUUCCAGCACAAAAUCAGCGUAAUUCCGAACAAAUCGAUUUGUUAACUGAGCGAAUAAAUGGGUUGGUGGAAGAAGCAGAACAAGCGGGAACUGACGGAAAUGUUGAACAAGCACAAGGUUUAAUGAAAUUGUGUGAUCAAUUAAAAGAGGAACGGGACGCAUUGCAAAAACAGGGCGAAAGCAAUCAUUGGAGUACUGCAGAGAUCGCUGCAGCUCAAGAAAAGCAAAUGGAAGUGUGUGAAGUUUGUGGAGCCUUUUUGAUCGUCGGGGACGCCCAACAAAGAAUUGAUGAUCAUUUAAUGGGUAAACAACACGUUGGAUAUGCUAAAUUAAAAUUAGCCACUGAAGAAAUCACCUGUGUUGUUCAAACUGCAAGGGAAGAGAGGCGAGGAGCUCGUUCUGGGGGAUUAGGUUCCACACCAACUGUUGAUGAUAGAAGAGAUCGAACUCGAGAUAGGGAUAGGGAGAGGAGUCGAGAAAAAAAUGAUCGAUCAGAGCAUAGGUCAGAUAGAGAUAUUUCAAAAAUAAACGGUGAAUCCCGCGAUUGGAGAGAUAAAGAGGAAAAAAGGGACCGUUACGAUAGGAAUCGAAGAUCGCCGGAUCGCGAACGAGACAGAUUGGAACGAAGGGAAAGAGAUCGAUCGGAAAAUGGAAGGGAUAAAAAGGAACGGAAAGAAAAGGAUCGCCGGGAAAGAGAUCGAGACCGAAAACAUCGCUCUGAUCGAGAUUCAGGAAAAGACCGAUCUUCACGUCAUUCGCACAGGCGUUAAUGGUAUACCCAAUAUAGUGCAGUAAGAAUGGAACAGUGCAGUUCAGCAAAACAGGUGAGCGUUCAAGAGUAUAGUUGAUUCAAUGUCCCCGUGGAUGUGAGGAACCCAAAUUCUUCUAACGCCAGGUGACUUAAUCUAUAAUAAUAUAUUAAAUAGACCCGGCUUUCGAUAUUCCUUAGGAAAUAAGAGUGUUAUGUAAAAUCCGUAGUAGUUUUGCGGUUUAAAUAAAUUAAUAUUAAUAAAAUGUUUUCUUAAAAAAUA